AUGUCGCCCCCUUCUCCCGGCCCAGGAAAGCUGAAACCAGGAGACCGCCUGAUUAUCACGACGGCCAUUCCACAGAUCACAGAAGAGUUUAAAUCCGUCACCGACAUUGCCUGGUAUGGCGCUGCCUACCUGCUGGCCCAGUGCGCGUCCCAGCUCCUGUUUGGGAAGAUCUACUCCUUAUUCAACAUUAAGGCCACGUUCUUGCUCUCCCUUCUCCUCUUCGAAAUCGGGUCUGCUGUCUGCGGCGCGGCUCCCAGUUCGACAGUCUUCAUCGUUGGUCGCGCUAUUGCAGGGCUUGGUGGAGCUGGGAUGUUGAGUGGUGUGUUGCUGACCGAUAUGGACGUCCAGAUCGCCAUCUUUGUGCACACGAUACCUCUCCACAAGCGUCCACUAUACCAGGGUAUGUUCGGCGCCGUAUUCGGCGUUUCCUCCGUGACCGGACCGUUACUGGGAGGAGCUUUCACGUCAAAGGUCACCUGGAGAUGGUGCUUCUACAUCAAUCUUCCUCUCGGUGGCCUGGCCGCUGUCGUGAUAUUCUGGAUCCUCAAGCUCCCCGUUCGAGACACGACAAAACUUGACAUCAAGACCAAGUUGAAGCAGCUAGACUUCUACGGCACUGCGCUUAUUGUCCCUGCCACAGUCUCUCUGAUAUUGGCGUUGCAGUGGGGAGGUUCCAUCUACACGUGGAACGACAAACGUAUCAUUAUUCUGUUCGUUAUGGCUGGUCUGUUGUUCUCUGGAUUUGUUCUCGUUCAGAUCUUUCUGCCCAAGACCGCCACAAUCCAACCCCGAAUCUUCAAGCAGCGCAGUAUCAUCGCCGGCUUCUUUUCGACGAUUUGCAUGGGAUCACAACUGACCAUCUUUGCUUACUACGUCCCGAUCUGGUUCCAGGCCAUCCAAGGAGUCUCGGCGGUUGAGUCCGGUGUCCGUCUACUCCCCCUGGUUCUCUCCAUGGUCGUCGCCAUGCUAUCGGCCGGUGCUCUCGUUCGCCGCAUAGGCUACUACACUCCCGUGAUGAUCUUUGGCGUCUGUAUGAUGUCCAUCGGUGCUGGGCUGAUGUACACCUUGCAAGUCGACGCGAGUAGCCCCCAAUGGAUCGGCUAUCAAAUCGUCUACGGCCUCGGCGCCGGAUCCGCGACCCAAGCCCCAAACAUCGCAGCGCAGACCGUCUUGCCGAAACGCGACGUCCCCGUCGGUGUUUCUCUCAUGUAUUUUGGCAACUUCGUGAGCAGCGCCAUUUUCCUCUCGGUUGCCCAGAACAUCUUCAACAACCAGCUAUUACAUCGCCUGUCGCCCAUUGCCGGCAUCGACCCGGAGUCGAUCCUGGACAACGGCGUUACCUCGCUGACGAAACUCUCCACAUCGGUCAGAAUGCCGGUCUUGGUCGCGUACAACGAGGCGAUUCGACGCAUUUUUCUGUUGGCCCUGGUUCUUGUGUGCCUGGCCAUGCUUGGUGCCUUGAGUCUGGAAUGGCGAAGUACCAAGAAAUCUCAUGAAGAGGACGCUGGUGAUGGAACCACGGGCAAGCAGGCAUGA